UUUAGUAGACAGUCACAGCUCAAAAAAGUAUAAAAGUAAAAGCAAAUUUCAUCUUUUGCUCUUCAUACUUACCUGGGUCGUGCAUCUGGACUCAAGAACCCCGGAUGUACAGUAGGAUUGGUCGUCAUUGCACAGCGACGAUCGGCCCUGCUGCGAACACCUUCGGGUGUCUCGAGGCCACAAUUUUUGCUUUGGGGGAAUGGGUGGUUCGCCGCCUGUUCCCCCGUUUUAUGUUUAAUGAUUUACUUAUUUUGUUGUCUAGCAAUAAAUACCGCACUUUUUCACCUAACCUUCCUUUUUUUUCUUUUAUUUUUUUGGCUAUUUCAAAAAGCGAUGUACUUACUGAGGCGCCCAAUGAGAGAGACAGAAAGAAGUCCAUAAAAGUAGCAAGUAUACUUUCAUUUUGCACUUUAAAAAUGAACACACAAGAUAUGUUUCCAGAGAUAGAACAAUUGAUUUAGGUAUUUUUUCCCUUGGCUAUCAGUUCUUGUGGCUCUAGGCGCCAUGAAGAAGAAAAUGUAGAGAUCGUAG